UUCAAGUAACCGCAGACGCGGAUGUAGUCUUUUCAAACUGGUGUGUUUGAAAGUAAGUCUGCGAAAGAGGGUUUUCUUCAAAUUACUAGAAAAGGCCAUAGGUGUCCAAGGUUCAAUCCUGAAGCGAGCUAGGCCGCCUUCGCCGGAYGAGACGGACGUCAAAAUGGCACCGGCCAACAUCCAGCGAUUGAUUGAAGACAACGUGAAGAAUCACACAGUGAUGAUUUUCUCGAAAUCCUACUGUCCAUUUUGCAAAAAGGUUAAAGGAAUAUUUGAUUCUAUCAACGUGCAGUACAAUGCAAUGGAAUUAGACUUAUUAGAAAACGGCAAAGACAUUCAAGAUAAGUUAGCAGAGAUGUCUGGUCAAAAGACUGUACCAAAUGUGUAUAUCCAGGGGAAGCAUAUAGGAGGCUCAGAUACUAUCCAGAAGCUUCAAGAAGAGAAGAAACUAAUACCCUUGAUUAUCCCACCCAGUAAGAAUUAUGAAUAUGAUUUGAUUGUCAUCGGUGGUGGGUCAGGUGGACUUGCAUGUGCAAAGCAAGCUGCAGCUUUAGGAAGGAAAGUAGCAGUCUUAGACUUAGUCAAACCAACUCCAACAGGAACAACAUGGGGUCUUGGAGGUACUUGUGUGAAUGUAGGGUGCAUACCAAAAAAACUGAUGCAUCAAGCAGCCCUUUUAGGUCAUGCAAUAGAAGAUGCCAGGCUAUUUGGUUGGGAAUUUGAUUCAAAAGUUCAGCACCAGUGGGAAACCAUGAGAGAGGCCAUUCAAAACUACRUUGGAUCUUUGAACUGGGGAUACAGAGUUCAGCUGAGAGACAAGAAAGUUACCUACAAAAAUUCCUACGCAGAAUUCAUUGACAAUCACACAAUUAAGGCUACUGAUAAAAAAGGCAAAGAGACAACCAUGACAGCUGAGACAUUUGUGCUAGCAACUGGUCUGCGACCUCGUUAUCCAGAUAUCCCAGGAGCUAAGGAGUUUGGCAUCACUAGUGAUGACCUAUUCUCAUUGUCCUACUGCCCUGGUAAGACAGUACUGAUUGGUGCAUCUUAUGUAUCAUUAGAAUGUGCAGGAUUUCUAGCUGGUAUUGGCCUGGAUGUAACUAUUUUGGUCCGCUCUAUUUUACUAAGAGGUUUUGAUCAACAAAUUGCAGAAAGAGUGGGAGAAUAUAUGGGAAACCAUGGAGUUAAGUUCAAAAGACCUGCCAUCCCAACAAAAGUAGAAAAAAUAGAAGAUGGUACUCCUGCCAAACUGAAGGUCUACUACAAGGAAGUUGAUACAGGAAAAGAGAGUUUUAUUGAGUGCAACACUGUCAUCUUUGCUAUUGGUCGAGAUGCUUGCACCUUAGGGAUAGGAUUGGACAAGGUUGGGGUUUCCUUGAAUCCAAAGAAUAACAAAGUGAUUGCAGGUGAUAAUGAACAGUCGAAUGUACCCAACAUAUAUGCCGUUGGUGAUAUAUUGAAUGAUAAACUGGAACUCACUCCUGUUGCUAUUGAGGCUGGUAAACUCUUGUCCCGGAGGCUUUAUAAUAAUGACUCUACUUUGUGUGACUACAUCAAUGUGCCAACAACAGUCUUUACUCCUCUGGAGUAUGGAGCAUGUGGUUACUCAGAGGAAGAUGCUAUAGAAAAGUUUGGAGCAGAGAAUAUUGAAGUGUACCAUGCUGAAUUCCAACCUCUGGAGUAUACUGUAGCUGAAAGGGAGAAAAAUGCCUGCUAUUCUAAAUUGGUCUGUAACAAGGCAGACAACGAGAGAGUUGUAGGCUUUCACUACCUUGGACCAAAUGCAGGAGAAGUCACACAAGGAUAUGCAGUGGCAUUGAAGUGUGGUGCUACUAAAGCAGACUUUGAUCGUACCAUUGGUAUUCAUCCUACUUGCUCUGAGAAUUUCACUACCUUAGACAUCACCAAGAGCUCCGGUGUGGAAUUCGUAACUACAGGCUGCUGAGGUUAAGCCCCUACUGUUAACACCCAGCACAUAUCAAGUGGAUAUUAAGCUGGGUAACAGUAGGGUAGAUAUAUGAACCAUAUGACCUGGGUAUAUAAUGGCGGAAAAUAAAUACCUGUCAAGUAUGAUGGCUUAGUUUCCAAACCCAUUUCACUGGGUGAACCUAGCUUGAAGAUAUAUGCCUGUGGUCUUGACUUACUCUUUUCUUUUAUGAUACUUCAAACCAUUUAUUUUACAUACAUGUAAUGGUAAUAAUAUGCCAAUGCUUCCAAAUUAAGUGUGACAUGAUGAAAAUUUGAACAUUUUUUUGUAAG